GGUUCCAUUCCCACUUACUGGGGGCUGCCUUGGGAAUGAGUGAGUGCCCCAGUUGGCCCAUGAGAGAGGAGGGAAAAUCUCUGGGAAUCUUCCUCCCAAAGGGACCUGCGUCUGGGCAGCCCCUGCCGCCCAUUGUGACGCGCGCGGGCUGCUGGUCCGCGAGACAGGCGGCAGCGGCGGCGGCGGGCAGAGCCCGGGGAGCCAUGGCCGAGACGCAGGAGCUGUUACUGCAGCUGCAGAAGGACAACCGCGACGGGCGCCUGAGGAAGCAGGAGCUGGAGGAGCUGGUGCGCGGGCUCGAGGCCGAGAGCGAGAGCCUCACUGGACGCCUGCAGGAUCUGCGCGAGCGCGAGCGCAGCCUGCAGCGGAGGCAAAGCCAGGCGGCGGGUGCCCUGGGCGGGGAGGCGCGCGAGGCAGCGCGGGAGCGUGCGGAGCGGGCGCGCGGACUGCUGGAGGCUGCGGAGCAGCGCAAGCAGGACCUGGAGCAGCACAAUCGGCAGCUGCAGGAGCAGUGGGAAGAGCUGUCAAGUCAGCUGUUUUACUACGGAGGGGAGCAGCAGAGUCAGCAGCAAGAGCAGCAGCAGCUCGGCACCCAGCUGCUAGCGUUGCAGAAACAAUUGGAGUUACUGGAGGCCAAGCACGCGAUGCAGGCGGAGGGCCUGCGGCAGGGCGCACAGCGGACCGAGGAGGCGUGGGCCAGCUUCCAGGAGCAGAGCGGGGUCCUGCAGGAGCUGCAGGGGAAGGUGAUGGAGGCGGCGGCUGCGCUGGAUGCCUCGCGAGGCAGCAAGGAACUCUACAACUCCCAGCCUCGCCGGGUGCAGGACUGCGCGGGGUCCCUCAUGGAGGAGGUGGCCAAGGCCGAGUGUGAGAAGCGCCUGUUCGGCGGUGCGGGCGUCCGGCUGUGGGCGCUGAGCGCGCUGCAGAUGCUGCUGCUGCUGCCGCUCGGCUUCCUGGCGCUGCCGCUGCUCUACCUGGUGCUGGUCAACCCCGCGGCCCUCCGCCGCCUGCUGCCGCGCCUCGGCUCGGACACCGCCUUCCGCCGCCUGCGCUACACGCUGUCGCCGCUGCUCGAGCUGCGCGCGCGCGGGCUGCUGCCCGCCUAGGACCCAUCACGUCGGCCGUGGUCACCUCACCUGUCUCCCGUGUGGUUUUUGGGUGUCGGGGGGAGCCCUGGGAGAGACCCCGGGGGUGGAUCCUGAGCUGCUCGGGGCCCGGCGCCGGCUCCAGCACCCCGUCCUCUGGGCGCGGGGCCUUCCAGGUGGACCUUGGGGCUGGAGAGGCCGUUCCGGCGCCCGCGGCACCGGGGGGUCCCCGGACCAGGGCCUCCAGCUUGGGCAGGGCGCCCCCUCUCGGCGCUCACUCCCUGGGCCUCCGGGCGCCCCGCGGGAAGACCCUUUUCCAACAGCGCAGGCUGCUGUGUGGGGCCCGCAGGAAGUUGGUCUGUAUCUUCUUACCCGCCUCGUCCCCCCAGUGAGCGAGCCUGGGGCGGCGGCGGACCCGGGAGGGAGCUGGCAGGUUGGUCUCUGUGGACGUCUGUUUCCUCGCCCGGCGGCGGCGGGU